AUGGAGUUUGCGACCUAUAUGCUAAAGGGAGAAGCUGAACACUGGUGGCAUGGAGUGCAACGCUUGUUAAGACAGGAGGUGGAAGAGAUUGACUGGGACACUUUUAAGAAGGAAUUUUACAAAAAGUAUUUUCCUAGAUCUGUUUGUGAUGCUAAAGAAAUGGAACUGAAGCAGUUGACACAGGGGAAUAUGUCAGUGGCAGAGUAUACCCGAAAAUUUGAGAAUUUGUGCCGAUUCUCUAAGAUCUAUCAAGGAAACCCGGAUGAUUUUGAGGAGUGGAAGUGUUUGAAGUACGAAGGAGGACUUCGAGAUGAGCUGAUGCAUUCAUUGGUCCUACUGAAAAUACGAAAUUUCACAAAGCUUGUCAAUAAGAGUCAGCUGAUGGAAGACUGUGAACAUAUGAUGGCAGCGUCAAGGAUGGGACAUCCGAGCUUAUCACCAAAAAACUUUAAUAAUUUUCAUAGGCAUGCGGUACAGCGGAAGGUUGAUUUUAAGGUACCAGGAGCACCUAUGCGAGGGAACUAA